AUGGUCCUUGAAAGCCUGCAGCCUCUCAAGAUAGGAGGGCUGUGGCUGCCGGAGAUGGUGGACCUGUCAGGAGGCGACCAGGAACUGCUGGAGCCGGGCGCUACUGGCCGGAGCAUUGCCUGGGACGAGGUGAGGACGUUUGCGCCGGAGGUGCUGGUAGUGGCGGGGGGUGCUGGUGGCCCUGCGGGGGCGCUGGGGCCGGUGUCUGAGCUGGCAGCGCUGCCCGGCUGGUGGGGCCUGCCCGCAGUCAAGACCGGCCGCGUCUACAUCCUCGACGCCCCCCUGCUGCUGCGCGCCGGACCCCGCAUCGUUGAUGGGGUGGAGGUGCUGGCUCGGAUCCUGCACCCAGACUUGGUGCUGCGGCGCUGCCCCGAAAAGGCCGUCCUCAAACUGGCGCUGCACGGCGGACAGCGCUGCCGGCAGCGCCUGGUCCCCAAUUAUUUUCUGCCCUACCGAUGA